AUGGAGCCGACUCAGCCUACUCAGACUCAGCCGACCCAAAAGUCUCCUCCUACUCAGGAAGAGACUCAGGAUUCAAACCAUGUGUGCCGGUUGAUUUGUACAUCGGGUCAAUAUCAGUACUUUGACUUGAACAAGGCCAAACCUACGCGAACCGCUGGCCUGGCGACGAAGAAAACGUGGAUUUUUGGUCGUAAUAGUGAAUGUGACUUUGUGUUGAGCACAUGUACACGGCUCUCGAAUAAGCAUUUCAAGCUCUGGCUCAAUUUAUCCGAUAAUACUCUCUGGAUCCAAGACACUUCCACCAAUGGAACUCACCUCAAUGGUAAUCGCUUGGUCAAGGGGUCCAACUACAUUGUCAACCAGGGAGACGAAAUCUCUGUGGGAAUCGGCGUGCCUCUGGAUGUGAUUCGAUUUGUGGUGCUUUUUUCCGACAAGUACAAUCCAUCCAACUCAGAAAACAGCUCCGUUAUAAAAGACGAAGGCAUCUACAAGGAGUUCAUUAUCAAAAACGAAACCAUUGGCCAGGGUGCAUUUGCUACCGUCAAAAAGGUCAUCGAGCGUUCCACCGGCGACUCGUAUGCGGUGAAAAUCAUCAACCGAAGACGUGCUAUUCAUGCGGGUGGAAAGGGUGCCAUGCUUGGAGUCAAUCGGGAAUUGGAGAUUCUACGCAAGCUUAAUCAUCCUAACAUUGUUCGUUUGAAAUCAUUUUACGAGGAUGUCGAGAACUACUAUUUGGUUAUGGAAUUGGUUCCAGGAGGAGACCUAAUGGAUUUUGUGGCUGCCAAUGGAGCCAUUGGCGAAGAUGCAACCCAAGUCAUCACCAAACAGAUCUUGGAUGGUAUUGCCUAUGUGCAUCGCAUGGGCAUUUCUCAUAGAGACUUGAAGCCGGACAAUAUAUUGAUCAUGCAAGAUGACCCUAUCUUGGUGAAAAUCACCGACUUUGGACUUGCUAAAAUCAGUGACAAUGCCACGUUUAUGAAGACUUUCUGUGGCACACUCGCAUAUGUUGCGCCAGAAGUCAUUACCGGAAAGUAUGAUCUGCAACAAUCGCAGGAUUCCCCUGUCAAUUAUAGUAACCUUGUGGAUAUUUGGUCUUUAGGAUGUUUAGUGUAUGUUCUCUUGACUUCACAUCUUCCAUUCAAUGGCAGGACACAGACGCAGAUGUUUCAAAAAAUCAAGAGCGGUGAGUUCCAUGAAUCUCCUCUCAACUCAUAUAAAGUUUCCGAAGAGGGCAGAGAUUUCUUGAAGUGCUGUCUUCAGGUGGACCCACGCCUGCGAAUGACUGCUGAGGAGGCUCUCAAGCAUCCCUGGCUAUCUGAAGUGGAAUCAUACACUCAGGAAUCUCAGCCAUCCCAGAAGGUCACCAGUCUUUCUCAAUCGACAUCCCAACAAUCACGAAAAAUCGAGAACGGUAUUCACAUCAAUUCAUCCAUGAGUAAAUUAGACGACAACAUCAUGAUGCGUCCAUUGGAUGGAGAUCGCAACAAGAAACAUGCUAAGGAUUCAAAUGCGGAGUUCAAGAAGCCAAAGAGAGUGGUUCCGCUACCCCAAUCGCAACCUUAUUCCAAUUCACAAAAGCUUGGAGAGCUACUGUUUCUGCCGAAAAGAAUUCUCCUGGAUGAGCGGGGAAUUAAACGGAGCUCAAUCGAAGAUCCCAAUAACCUGAAGAGGGCAAAGGUAGAUUCCAAUUCUUUCGCUAACAUGAGCAUUGGCCCGGCGCCCUCUGCUCAAUCUGAAGAGUCCACUAAGGCUCCUCGUGACACAUUCAUUAUUCUCAAGCCCCUACCAGAUUCGAUCAUCAACAAUCCAAUUUACAUAAGACAAGGUGUGAACCCUUAUGCUAUCGGCAGAAAUGAGACAUGUGACACCUUCAUCAAUGACGACAGAAUGUCCAAAAUCCACUGCUUAUUCAGCAAAAAGAGACAUCCGAUUGCUGAGGCAUCAAUCAUAGAGAGUCCAGCGCAUUGCCUCGAUGACAUUUGGCUUUUGGAUUUCAGCACAAACUCUUGCUACGUGAACACCGUGAAGUUGGGCAAAGGGAAGAAAACUCAAUUGUUCCAUGGUGAUAGAGUGGAUUUCUUUGUAGACGAUAAAGAAUUCUUGGGCUUUGAAGUGGAUAUUAAUGAUAGCACGGGAUUAUUUAAUGGUGGAGCAAAAUUAGACAAUGUUUUUGUCAACGUGAUUCCUUUUGAUGCUAACGACAUGAAGUUGAGACCACCAGUUGUUGCGGAAAGUGGUGGAGUAUCCAGCAGGUCGAGUUCAGUUGCAGUUCCCAGUCAGGAAUUUGGAGGUGGUGUAACUGGAGGAAAUGGAGGAAAUUUCAAUUCUCUGCUCAGAGUACAAAGGAAAAUCUAUGAUAAUUCAAGGAGUCCCCUGAGCACCUCAAAACGUGCUAGUCUUCAAAGCGGCCAAGAGAGACCAGCAAACUCUUGGGCAUGA